GGUAGCUCGUCGGAGAGAGAGAAAGAAGUCGGGGGCUGCCGCGCGCCGCCCGCGGGGACUGAAGAGAUGUUCGAGGACGAGCCCCACACCGAGGGGGCGGCGGUGGUCGCCGCAGCCGGGGAGGCGCUACAGGCGCUGUGCCAGGAGCUGAAUCUGGACGAAGGGAGCGCGGCCGAAGCCCUGGACGACUUCACCGCCAUCCGAGGCAACUACAGCCUAGAGGGAGAAGUUACACACUGGUUGGCAUGUUCAUUAUAUGUUGCAUGCCGCAAAAGCAUUAUUCCCACGGUUGGAAAGGGUAUCAUGGAAGGCAACUGUGUUUCACUCACAAGAAUACUACGUUCAGCUAAAUUAAGUUUAAUACAGUUUUUUAGUAAAAUGAAGAAAUGGAUGGACAUGUCAAACCUACCACAAGAAUUUCGUGAACGUAUAGAAAGGCUAGAGAGAAAUUUUGAGGUGUCUACUGUAAUUUUCAAAAAAUUUGAGCCAAUUUUUUUAGACAUAUUUCAAAAUCCAUAUGAAGAACCACCAAAGUUACGAAGCAGGAAGCAGAGGAGGAUUCCUUGCAGUGUUAAGGAUCUGUUUAAUUUCUGUUGGACACUCUUUGUUUAUACUAAGGGUAAUUUUCGGAUGAUCGGGGAUGACUUAGUAAACUCUUAUCAUCUACUUCUGUGCUGCUUGGAUCUGAUUUUUGCCAAUGCCAUUAUGUGCCCAAAUAGACAAGACUUGCUAAAUCCAUCAUUUAAAGGUUUACCAUCUGACUUUCAUACUGCUGACUUUAGGGCUUCUGAGGAGCCACCCUGCAUCAUUGCUGUACUAUGUGAACUGCAUGAUGGACUUCUAGUAGAAGCAAAAGGAAUAAAGGAACACUACUUUAAGCCAUAUAUUUCAAAACUCUUUGACAGGAAGAUACUAAAAGGAGAAUGCCUCCUGGACCUUUCAAGUUUUACUGAUAAUAGCAAAGCAGUGAAUAAAGAGUAUGAAGAGUAUGUUCUAACUGUUGGUGAUUUUGAUGAGAGGAUCUUUUUGGGAGCAGAUGCAGAAGAGGAAAUUGGAACACCUCGAAAGUUCACUGGUGACACCUCACUAGGGAAAAUGACAGCACAGGCUAAUGUGGAGUAUAACCUUCAACAACACUUCGAAAAAAAAAGAUCAUUUGCACCUUCUACCCCACUGACAGGACGGAGAUAUUUACGAGAAAAAGAAGCACUCAUUACUCCUGUUGCAUCAGCCACCCAAAGUGUGAGCCGGUUACAGAGUAUUGUGGCUGGUCUAAAAAAUGCACCAAGUGAACAACUUCUAAAUAUUUUUGAGUCUUGUGUGCGUAAUCCUAUGGAAAAUAUUAUGAAAAUAUUAAAAGGAAUAGGAGAGACUUUCUGCCAACACUAUACUCAAUCAACAGAUGAACAGCCAGGAUCUCACAUAGACUUUGCUGUAAACAGACUAAAGCUGGCAGAAAUUUUGUAUUAUAAAAUAUUAGAGACUAUAAUGGUUCAGGAAACACGAAGACUUCAUGGAAUGGACAUGUCACUUCUUUUAGAGCAAGAUAUAUUUCAUUAUUCCUUGAUGGCUUGUUGUUUGGAAAUUGUGCUCUUUGCCUAUAGCUCACCUCGUACUUUUCCUUGGAUUAUUGAAAUUCUCAACUUGCAACCAUUUUACUUUUAUAAGGUUAUUGAGGUGGUGAUCCGCUCAGAAGAAGGGCUCUCAAGGGACAUGGUGAAACACCUUAACAGCAUUGAAGAACAGAUUUUGGAGAGUUUAGCAUGGAGUCACAAUUCUGCACUGUGGGAGGCUCUCCAGGUUUCUACAAACAAAGUUCCUACCUGUGAAGAAGUUAUAUUCCCAAAUAACUUUGAAACAGGAAAUGGAGGAAAUGUACAGGGACAUCUUCCCAUGAUGCCAGUGUCUCCUCUAGUGCAUCCAAGAGUCAAGGAAGUUCGAACUGACAGUGGGAGUCUUCGAAGAGAUAUGCAACCAUUGUCUCCAAUUCCUGUCCAUGAACGCUACAGUUCUCCUACUGCAGGGAGUGCUAAGAGAAGACUCUUUGGCGAAGACCCCCCAAAGGAAAUGCUUAUGGACAAGAUCAUAACAGAAGGAACAAAAUUGAAAAUCGCUCCUUCUUCAAGUAUUGCCGCUGAAAAUAUAUCAGUUUUACCUGGUCAAACUCUUCUAACAAUGGCCACAGCCCCAGUGACAGGAACAGCAGGACAUAAAGUUACAGUUCCAUUACAUGGUGUUGCAAAUGAUGCUGGAGAGAUCAUGCUGAUACCUAUUUCCAUGAAUACAAAUCAAGAUUCCAAAGUCAAGAGUCCUGUAUCACUUACUGCUCAUUCAUUAAUUGGUGCUUCUCCAAAACAGACCAAUCUGACUAAAGCACAAGAGGUACAUCCAACUGGAAUAAGCAAACCAAAGAGAACUGGGUCCUUAGCACUAUUUUACAGAAAGGUCUAUCAUUUGGCAAGCGUACGCUUACGUGAUCUAUGUCUAAAACUGGAUGUUUCAAAUGAGUUGCGAAGGAAGAUAUGGACGUGUUUUGAAUUCACUUUAGUUCACUGCCCUGAUCUAAUGAAAGACAGGCAUUUGGAUCAGCUCCUCCUCUGUGCCUUUUAUAUCAUGGCAAAGGUAACAAAAGAAGAAAGAACUUUUCAAGAAAUUAUGAAAAGUUACAGGAAUCAGCCCCAAGCUAAUAGUCAUGUAUAUAGAAGUGUUCUGCUGAAAAGUAUUCCAAGAGAAGUUGUGGCAUAUAAUAAAAAGAUAAAUGAUGACUUUGAAAUGAUAGAUUGUGACUUGGAAGAUGCUGCAAAAACACCUGACUGUUCCAAUGGACCAGUGAAAGAGGAAAGAGGUGAUCUCAUAAAAUUUUACAAUACAAUAUAUGUAGGAAGAGUGAAGUCAUUUGCACUGAAAUAUGAUUUGUCAAAUCAGGACCAUGUGAUGGAUGUUCCACCACUCUCUCCUUUUCCUCAUAUUAAACAACAGCCAGGCUCACCGCGCCGCAUUUCCCAACAGCACUCCAUUUAUGUUUCCCCUCACAAGAAUGGGUCAGGCCUUACACCAAGAAGUGCUCUGCUGUACAAGUUCAAUGGUAGCCCUUCUAAGAGUUUGAAAGAUAUCAACAACAUGAUAAGGCAAGGUGAGCAGAGAACCAAGAAGCGAGCAAUAGCCAUCGAUAGUGAUGCAGAAUCCCCUGCCAAACGUGCCUGUCAAGAAAAUGAUGAUGUUUUACUGAAACGACUACAGAAUGUUGUCAGUGAGAGAGCAAGUCAUUAAUGUUGUUGUUGUUUCUGUGAUAAAAGCACUUUCAGAUUGUUCUGCAGAAAGUUGUAGCUCUGUCCUUCAAACCUUUUAGGCCCUGUAGAUGGUAAAUGUCACUGGGUUAUAAGAAAAAAUUGCACAAAAAUUAUGUGCUUUUAAUAUCCAAAAUGUAGUCGACAGAGAUGUAUUUUAAGUUGGAUUGGAAAGGAAUAUUUUAAGUGCCUUUUAAAAAUAUUAAUAGUC